UUUGGACUUAUAUAGCUAAUUAAAGUUAUAACGCUUACUCUUCUAAAUUCUAGCUUUUAUUUGUAUUGAUCAGCAUUAUUUAAAUAUCUUACUUAGUACAAGCGCAAACAUUUCCUGCUACUCGUCCAACCACCAAGCUGUGUCCGCAAGUUGUGGAGAAUUUUGUUUCCGUGUUCCAGUUAAAUACUUCGCUUUCUGUACUCGUAUGACAUAAGCCUUACAGAUAUGGAAUCGACUAUGACUAUACUUCCUUCAACAACGGAACCAGCUGAAUCUCCAACCUUGAAACCAACGCGAUACAUCGAUAUAACCGCCGGAUCUCAGUUAUCAUCCAAUGCGGAUAUUGGCGUUGCCGCUUAUCUGCUGUUUAUCUGGGUACUGUCCUUGUACGCUAACGGGGUAGUUUUAAUCGGAAUCGCCAGGCAAAAAGGUCAUAUCCUGCCCUUAGAUAUCUUGAUGGGGUUUUUGGCAGUUUCCAAUGGCCUGCUCGCACUGACUACGUAUCCCAUGGUCGGUGUUUCGCUGAUCAGCCACUACUGGAUGUUCGGACAUGCAGGAUGCGUUGGGUAUGCCUUUGUUACCAUGUUUCUCGGGCUUGCAUCCAUUUUCGAUUUACCAGGAAUUGCAUACGUGCUUUACAGUACAGUAUCGGCGAAGCAUACUGUUUCUACGGUCAGAGCGGGGCAGGGCAACACAAAAUGUCAGUGCGGCAUCGUUUGGAUAAUUAUCCCGGCCAUCUGCGCGAUGUCCUUUCUCCUUUGCAUGCUGCCGAUUAUCGGUAUGGGAGAAUAUGGAAUCGGCAAACAUGGAUCCAGCUGCACAAUUAAAUGGUCAACGAAAUCUCUGAUAUCGGUCUUCUAUAUCACAAUUCUAAUGAUCACGGGAUUCGUUAUUCCGGUGACUCUCACUGCGAUUUUUUAUUACCGUGUCAUCAGCCAUCUGCGUUCCCUGAAACGCCGAUACGUCAACAUGGACUUUGCUAAAAAGUGGACCAAGGUCCAGAACGACACUCUCAUGAUGACGCUUGCCGUCGGGAUCUGCAUGAUCGUCUGCUGGGCGCCGUACGCCGUUGUGGCCAGCUGGGAGACAUUCUUUGACCCCUCUACUCUCCCUGUCCAACUGGAAGCCACCGCGGCCUUCACCGCCAAAAGCUCCACCGCUUUCACGCCGCUGGUCCAUCUCUGCUUUACCAAGAAAUGCCGACAGUGGUUGCGCCGCACACUCUUCUGUUUCAAGCACUCCGACGGCAGUCCUUCUCAGCAGACAUCUCAGACCCAGAUGACCCAGCUGAUUCCCAAGUCAACGACCAUGCCGAGUGUUUCUGUCCGUCGAAGUUCCCUGCCUAGCAACAUCUUGGAUCAGUAACUGUUACAGAGUUAAAGAUAACUAAGCAAAUGCACUAUUGCGCUCACCGGCAGACCGGCCGGAGCGCAGCGUGAAGGGUCGCAGACUCGCAGUUAGUUUAUUAUGGAAUUUUUAACGCGUACUUGAUUAGCCGUUUUGUUUUUAUCAGCGCACCGAUGAUUUCAUACAGUUAAACAAAUAACAUAUUCAGAAGUCUAAUCGCUUUUCCUUGGUUCCUCGAAAUGUGGGUUUUUUCGUCUUUAUGCCGGGAGAAGGGAUAACGGAAAUGUGUCCUCAUUGAGGAAAAAUAAGUCAUGAUGUUGGUGUGCUUUUAGAUUUCGCUGUAUUAGACUGCUUUCUAUGUUUGAGAAGCAUUUACUUAUCUUUUCUUCGCAUUUAAACGUUAUGUGGUUGUUUUGAUAGGUCAGUUCGGUUUUCAAGAGUUUUAUCACUUAAUUUCUGUAAUUAAUUUUCAUGGGUUAAAUAACAA